AUGACCGAUGCCUUCAAACCGAUAGUCAAUGGGGUAAAUUUCAGGGGCAAAUCGGCUGCCGAAAUCUAUAGUAGAGGAAAUGAGCUCUCGGGAGAACUCUCGGCGGUUCGAUUUGACUAUUUUACAGCCCCCACGGAGCCCACUGUCUCAAAAGAAGGGAAUAUCCUAGAAGGCAUACCUAGUAUCAACAGUGGGAGGCAAUCAGCCCUGUCUGCCGAACACUGUUUCCCGCAUCUCCGGGAGUUGGUAGGGGAGUAUGACGCCUUCUUGGUUGCCUGCUACUCUCCUCAUCCACUGGUUGGUAUGCUGAGGAGAGCAAUCAGCGAGCGUAAUGAGAAGCUCCAACGUGAAUCCACCGAUGGAAAAGCACCGUUCCAAAAACGGCGACAGUAUGUGACCGGCAUAAUGGAUGCGAGCGUAGAGAUGAGCGCAUAUUUCGCCGGGUUGAACAGCGCGUGCCUCGCUGAGCAGCAUACUCCAGGCAAAUUUGGAAUCGUCACCACGGCAGACGAGUGGAAGGAAGAGCCUGACACCGCAGCGAAGGAGAUGCUACAGUCCAACGGAAGUGAUCCUGAUUUGACAUUCGCGGGUGUCGAGACAACGGGGCUCACGGCUGGCGAAUUGCACAGCGCUCCAGCAGAGCUGGUCAGGUCCCGCAUCAAGAGAGCGACGGGAACGGCUGAAGGACAGCGCAGGCCCGUCACUGCGGGUGGUUUCUAUGGGUCUGUCUGUCGUACCAGCGUGGUUGUUGCUUGGGCCGACGUUGUUGCUGCCCGCAGGUUAGUUAAAACCGCCGGCGCGUCGCGUUUCUCCAGCGAAAAACCACAACCGCAGAGCGAUGUAAUCAACAGCAAUGCCCAGGUAGGCUCUUCAGGCGAUGGAUUUUGGUCUUAUUUUGAACGAUAUACUGACGUUUCCGGUCUCUGCAGGGAAAUAAUCACUAUCCAGGCCGGCCAGUGUGGCAAUAACAUUGGGACGCAGUUCUGGCAGCAACUCUGCCUGGAGCAUGGCAUCAACCAGGAUGGAAAUCUAGAGGAGUUUGCUACAGAGGGAGGCGACCGCAAAGACGUGUUUUUUUACCAGAGUGACGAUACUCGCUAUAUUCCCCGAGCCAUAUUAAUCGAUCUUGAGCCGAGAGUCCUCAGCACGAUCCAGAACGGCCCGUACAGCAACAUAUACAACCCGGAGAACUUCUUUAUAGGCAAAGAUGGCAGUGGUGCGGGGAACAACUGGGCAGCUGGUUAUGCCACAGGUGACACGGUGCAGGAGGAGAUAUUUGACAUGAUUGACCGAGAAGCAGACGGCAGUGAUUCAUUGGAGGGUUUCAUGCUGCUUCACUCCAUUGCAGGUGGAACAGGUUCUGGACUCGGAAGCUAUAUUCUUGAGCGAAUGAACGACCGAUUUCCAAAGAAACUGAUCCAGACAUACUCCGUCUUCCCUGACACGCAGGCUGCAGAUGUUGUCGUCAACCCGUAUAACAGUCUGUUGACUAUGAGAAGGCUUACGCAAAAUGCAGAUUCAGUCGUAAGUUUGCAACGGCCUAUCACCAGCUAUCUCAAAAUGCAGACACGGCAUCAGACAGGCAACUAA